GAGCCAUCUAUAUGACAUGACAUACCGGGAGCUGUGUAACGUUAGGAAUAUUUGUCGGUGUUAUAACAUUUAAUUGAUUCUGCGAUAUACGUUGAUAAUUUAAAAUGAAGAGUAACAUUUUACCCAGUUUAUAUACCACUAUUUUUCUUGUGUCAAUGUCAUGCCUUUUAUAUAUUGUAGAUGGACUGUAUUUCCAUAUUACAGAAACAGAAAGAAAGUGUUUCAUUGAAGAAAUACCUGACGAAACUAUGGUUGUUGGAAAUUACAAGUGUCAGUUCUAUGAUCCUAAAACUGGUGGGUUUAUGCCUUCAAGCCCAGGAAUUGGCAUGCAUGUUGAAGUACGAGACCCGGAUGACAAGGUGAUGCUUUCUAAGGUGUACAGCACUGAAGGCCAUUUUACAUUCACAUCCCACAUACCUGGAGAGCAUGUAAUUUGUCUGUACUCCAACACCACAAAAUGGUUUAGUGGGAGCCAGCUGAGAGUUCACCUAGAUAUUCAAGUUGGGGAGCAUGCUGUGGAUUAUGGAAAUGUAGCACAAAAAGAGAAGCUCACAGAACUACAGCUGAGAGUUCGACAGUUGUUGGAUCAGGCAGAGCAAAUAACAAAAGAGCAGAACUAUCAAAGAUAUCGUGAGGAACGUUUCCGGGGAACCAGUGAGAGUACCAAUCAGCGAGUACUAUGGUGGUCAAUUACCCAGACCUUCAUUCUUCUUGUUAUGGGCUUUUGGCAGAUGAAGCACUUGAAAAGUUUCUUUGAGGCUAAGAAAUUAGUUUAGCAACUCUGUGUGUACCAUAAAUUUCUGUAGUAUAUUUGGAAAAGCUUAGUUUUGAUUAACUGUCUGUCUUUAAUGAAAUUUGUGUCAUGUAAUAUAUAUCUAAAUAUUUUGGUUAUUCUGUUAUUGUUGCAUAGUUUUGAAAGUUAAUAUUUCUGUAAUGUCAUGAAAACUGAUGUGAACUUACUGUUAGACACAAGUUUUUAAUUCACACCAUUGCGGUAUCUAUAUAUAUAUUAUGAUAGAGGUAAUUCAGUAUUGUUUAAAUGUUUCUAUCUGGUGUUGCCUUGAGUAAGAUAUAAAGUUGAAUCAUUUUAUAAUGUUACACUGUAACACUUUUUCAUUAAUCAUUACUUUGUUUUUAAUAUUCCCAACUUUAAUGCUAGUGGACAUCUGUAAGAACCAAUUGAAGGUAAUGAAAAAAUCUGAAAGAAUGUGAAUUAUUUAUAAAUAUUUUACAAACUUGAAAAAUAUUAAGUUACACUUUCACACCUACAAUUAAAAACAAUAAUCCACAAAAUAUGACUCCCUUGUUUAAUCACUUCAGUUACAGAUGUAAAAUAUAAACAUAUGCCAGGUACCAGUUUCUUGACAAAUUUUAAAUGCUCCUUUCAGCCUUGAAAUUGCUACAAAAUAUGAACAAAUGGACAAUAAAUCAAUAACAUAUCAAGUUUCCAUUAACCCUUUAGGCACUGUGUACCAAUAUAUUCAUGUUUGGCAGUCUUGUAUUGGAAGUAAAACAGACACAAAGUAAUUUUGUAUGAAUAGUAAAUACCUGAGACUUCCUUCUAUAAAUAUGACAUAUAUGCACACAAUAAAUGUUUUUAUCUUUUUUUUGCACAAAAACACCAAUGAGGCUUAUAGACAAAAAUAAAUAUGUACCUGAAAUUUAUUAUUCCUAAGAACCAAUGAGUGAAAACAUAGGAGAAUAUAAUAUGACAGAUUCGCUUUGUGCCAGACACUGACAUUUUUGUUGAAGCAGAAUUCAGUAUUGCUUACAUAACAACCAAUAAUUUUCCUUAUGGAUUUUGAUUUUAUAGCACAUACCUUUUUCAUAUUUUGUAGGACAAAUAUCACAAAAUUGUGAAUGGAGCUAUCAUGAACAGGCUGCUUCAGAGACACAUAUCCAGUACAAUACUUUGAAAACAUUUCUUUCUGGCAUUAUAAGAGAUACUCCAAGUAUGACACCUUAUCCCUCCCCUUACAAAGAUGGUACAAGACUCAAAUGUUUAGCAUCAUCCAUGAGAUGAUGUAGAUGCUUAUUUGUUUUUUAACCAGCCAAGUUUUUAUUCAAGGGUCAUGCCUGUAAAUCUUGAUUACAUGCAUCCACUACUUCCAUCAAUUCACUGUAUUUUUCAUAGUGGAAUGUCUAGUAAAAAAA